AUGAUAGCAUCUCGACCGCACACUUUGAGUGUCUUACGCAGCUUCAGACGAGGCUUUUCGCUCAGUGCCAGUACACAUCGAAUGGGCUGUGACAUUGGAACAAUAUAUUUAAUCUUUGGUAUUUGAGCUGCAAUAGUAGGGACAGCUCUCAGAAUUCUAAUUCGAGCCGAACUUGGUCAACCUGGUUCACUAAUUGGAGAUGAUCAAAUUUACAAUGUAAUUGUAAGAGCCCACGCAUUUGUAAUAACCUUCUUCAUAGUCAUACCCGUAAUAAUUGGGGAUUCGGGAACUGACUCACCCCCCCCUUAUACUAGGAGCCUCCAACUUAAUAACAUAAGCUUUUGGCUUUUCCCUCCAUCUUUCCUACGUUUACUCAGAUCAGUCACAGUAGAAAGAGGGGCAGGGACAGUUUGAACUGUACCCCCACUAGCAUCGGGGGUCGCACAUGCAGGAGGCUCAGUAGACUUAACAAUCUUUUCCCUCCACUUAGCAGGGAUGUCGUCAAUUCUAUGUGCCAUUAAAUUCAUCACCACAAUAAUCAAGAUACGAACAUCCUGGAUAGUUCUUGAGCGAAUACCCUUAUUUGUCUGAUCAGUAAAAAUUACAGCAAUCCUUCUUCUCCUAUCCCUUCCUGUUCUUGCUGGAGCUAUUACUAUACUUCUUACAGACCGUAACUUUAAUACAUCAUUUUUAGAUCCUGCGGGAGGAAGAGAUCCAGUCCUAUAUCAACAUUUAUUUUGAUUCUUCGGACAUCCUGAAGUUUAUAUCCUAAUCCUUCCCGGAUUUGGAAUAAUCUCCCACAUUAUUAGACACGAUACAGGAAAAAAGGAGCCCUUCGGAACUCUUGGAAUAAUUUAUGCUAUACUAGCCAUUGGAAUCCUUGGCUUCAUAGUAUGAGCCCACCAUAUAUUCACAGUUGGAAUAGAUGUAGAUACACGAGCUUAUUUCAC